AUGUUGGCCGCUCUCGCCGUCGCCGCCUUGGCUGCGCCCGCGCCCUCCGACUUGCGCGAGGCGACGCCCACUCCGAAGGCGCGCGAGCCCACCUUCGCCCCGUCUCUGGCGCCGUGUGACGCCGGCUUCGUCCCGACGUGCAAGCAAGCGAAAGGCUUUGGUCUGUGCGACUCAGCCAACCUUACGGCCAACGCAGCGUGCAACAAGGCGUGCGUCGUAGGAGUGAAGAUGACCUGCCCUAUGACGUGCAGCCUCUCGAACGCGACGUCCGGGACCCCCUCCGACUACGGCAACCGCUUGCCGCCGGCCGCCACGGCGGCCAUUUGCAGCACCUGCGCAGCUAAACCCGACCUCUCCUGCUGCCACGAGGGCAAGGACCGCCGCCGCCGCCGCCUGGGUGAUACCAUGGGAAUGCCGAAUCGCGAUGGUCAGGGCAGGCAGUGCCAAUACCAUGGGUGA